AUUCCUCUACUAAAAGAUAAAAUUGAGUCUUCAAAAAUGUCUUCGCUUAAAUUACUUUGCCUUGAGAUAUUUGUACUUCCAUAUGUUUCAUCGGAAUGUGAUUCAGACAAUGGACCACCAGGGUCUCCAGAGUGUGUUUUUAUUUCAAACCCACUUUAUGACAGAAACCAGUGGAGUACAUGUGUAACAAACAAAUACAUGCAAACAGCUUCCAAAGGAAAGUUCUCAUGUGUAGAGAAAAAUGCAAAAUACUGUUAUUAUCAGUGUAUGCUGGAGGAACAUAAAAUUGAAAUAGGAACUGUUUCCAAAGACUGCGAGUGUAAUAAAAACCAGGCCCUACCAAUCAAUGAUCUUCCUAGCUGGUGUUACAGUCCUUCUGGAGAUAAUUGUUCCUGGUACACUCAAUGUCUGGAGAUAUGCUAGCAAAACAACGGGUUUUGCAGUACAUGGUAUCCGGGAAAACAGCAGUUCGUCACGCACAAGGUAUAAUUGUUGGUUGCGCUGGUGCUGGAAAAACUACACUGCUUUAUAGACUGAUCGGAAAAACUCCGGAGGACAUGAAAGAAAUUUCUUCCACAAGAGGACUUCAAAUCUACGAAUAUGUAUUUGCUGUAAAAGAUGGAACCCUACGAGCCAGUAAAGAACAGACUCAAAGCAAACAAUUCAUUUGUGUUCCUAAGUCCGCUCUCAAGAAGAAAGAAAAAACAUUGCUUCUUAAUCAAGAUGCAGAUUUCAAUUCAACGGAUGUUGAGGACGGUGUACUCAAUGCGAAAGAGGAUCAAGGAAAAACCAAACCAUUAGCAAUAGAUCUAAAAGACAUAUUAGAUGAAAAGGAAAACGAAACAAGUGUCAGCAUGAUAGAUUUUGCUGGACAAUUUGCUUACUAUGCAUGCCAUCAAAUUUAUAUGAGAUCAGAGGCUUUCUAUACCUUAGUGUUAGAUAUGACUAAAGAAUUUGAGGAUGUCGUUAGCAGUGAAAAAGACAAGCGAAAGGGUUCCGUCUUCUCUACUUUGCUUCACAAAGAUUAUUUACGAUACUGGAUCAACUCCAUCAAAUCGUUCGGUGGUUCUGAUGCUUCAGUACUUCUAGUAGCAACACACGCAGAGGGCAAAACAAAGGAUGAAAUAGAAAAAUUCUUUGAGAGCUUUUGGCGUGCCGUUCCAGAAGAAGACAAAUCAUGGCUCUACAAGUCUAUUGAUGGAAAUGAAUUUGCAAUUGGACAAAAAGAAAUGAACAAAGGAUGUAAGAAUUCUCUACAGUCCAUAAAAUCUGCAAUUGCAGACAUAGUAUCUCGUAAAUUAGACACAAAGAUUGAAGUUCCGUCUUCCUGGGCUUUACUUGAACAUUAUUUGAAAAAACUAAGGCAGCCGCUGCUGUCCACUGAUGAAAUCGAAAAAGUCAAUAAUGAAAUUCCUGAAGAAUACCAAUUGAAAACAAAUGAAAUUUUUGAUUUCUUAAUAUUUUUUCAUGCACAUGGAAUUCUUAUCUAUUUCGACGAAAAAGGACUAAAUAAACAUGUUAUUCUUGGAAUACAAUGGUUCUCUAAUGCAUUCAGCAGAAUUAUUGCUGAUAAGAAUCACGUCACCACAGACUGUAAAAGAAGAUAUAUUAAAGAAUGGGAAUGUUUCAACGAGACAGGGGAACUAAAGGAAACACUUCUCGAUGCUCUUUGGAAAGAGGAACCAUUGUAUGUUAAACACAAAGUUGAGCUUAUGUCUUAUAUGGAGAGGCUGCGAAUGCUUGUCAUUAUAAGUGACAAGAAAACUGAAAUGUCUUGGUAUGUCCCAUGCAUGAACAGUAAACCCUUCAAAAAAGACAUCUUUGAAAAAAAUUGGAGUUAUUCGUCAAUCUUAUGUUUUCGAUUCGACUCCUUUGCCACGUUUGUGUUUUAUCGGCUUGUGGCUUAUUGCAUGAGUUUCCUCGGAUGGCGUGUUGCCUGUGAUAAAGACAGUCAAUGUCUCUAUCAUACGGCCGCAGUGUUUGAACAUCAACAUCACACUUUUAUUCUUGGUAUAUGUGAUGAUGACAUACAGCUGCAAGUCAUGCGUAUUGCUCCUUUACCACUAGAAUCUCAAGUAUGCCAUAAAAUCGGAAAUGAUAUUGAAUUUGGACUAUCAGAACUCACAAAAACCUUUGCUGAAAAGAAAAAUUUUCAAAGAGGCUUCAAAUGUCAAAACAUUAUAUGCAAUGAAAAGGAUCCGUCAUUUAUUCCUGAGAGUGAAUUGUUCGAAAUAGAAAAUGAAACGAUCCAAUGCAGCUGUCCCAUUGAUGAAAAACACGAAAUUAACGUUUACAGUACUCUGCGAUUCUGGAAACAGGAAACAGAGAAAAAAGAGGAAUCAAAGCCUUCGCAAUGCCAUUCACACAUAAAGAGUUCAGCGCAGGAGUGGAAUUAUUUAAAUAUUUCAACAGAUUCAGAGCCGAAGACAAAUUUACCGAAGACAGGACCACUGUAUCCCUUUUCAAAGACAACGUAUCAACGAGAUGUGAUGACGAGUCAGCUCAAAGCAGAAGUCAGUAGAAGUGUUGGGAUAAUUUACAUCGACGGGCAUCCUGCAGGAACAGGAUUCCGUAUGGGAGACAAAUACAUUAUGACUUGCUUACAUGUUAUACAGAGUACUAUUACAGGACUAAAACAAAGGACGUUUUCAGGAGAAAGUCUUAUAACAAAUCAAAGCAUAGGAAUCUUAGAAGCCUUUGAGAUUAGCGUGAUGCACGUGGAUGAACCAAUAAAGGAGGACUUGUUUAUUUUCGAUAUGGAACGUGGCAAGUUGCACGGCCGAUCAGAAGAAAGUCAUUGA